AUGGUCGCUACUGCCACGCUUUCGUCCGGUCACACCAUUCCUCUCGUAGGGUAAGCUACAUUGAUCCAUGUACCUCUUCUCGAGGUCCUCCUACCACCCCUCGUGCUUUCCGACCAGCUCCGAAAGCGCUCUCCAACCCAGUUCCCCACUUUCGCAUGACGUGCUCUGACGCGCUCUGACGUCGAAGCCGACCAUCUUCUUCGUGCCGAGCCCCCGCGUGCUCGGCUCCAUCUCUCGGGCUCGGAGAUUUUUGGACUUGAUUACUAACAAGAUGUGAGGGUCUUCUUCUAGUUUCGGUACUUGGCAAUCGGCCCCUAGGGAAGUCGAGCGCGCCGUCGAGGAGGCCGUCAAGGCUGGUUACACGUAAGUCGACAUCGAUUUUCCGCGCGGUCGAUGACGAAAUCCAGUGCGGGUGGUCGCGUUCACCUGGCUGACAUGUUCGAUUUCUCCUUCCUCCUCUUAAGUCACUUGGAUCUCGCCAAGAUUUACCAGAAUCGUGAGCUGCACACAUCUCUGAGGAAGUUUGAGCGCAGCCUUUUUCUGACCACGUGCUCGGAUUGUUUCAAUUCUCACAGAGGAGGAGGUUGCCCGCGGCAUCAAGAGUGCCGGAGUCGCUCGUGAGAAGUUGUUCAUCACCUCCAAGCUUUGGAACUCGAGCCACAAGCCCGAGCUCGGUGAGUUGUAAAAGCUGGACCACUUCUCCGGUCGUGAUGUUUUGCUCACCUCUGUACGGCCCGUUCCUUGUGCCGCGCAGUCGAGGCCGCUCUUGACAACACGCUCAAGGAACUCGACCUCGAAUACCUCGAUCUCUACCUCAUCCACUGGCCUAUUGCUUUCGAGCCCGCCGUCCCCGGACCCAAUGGUGACCACACCUCGAACCUGUUCCCCAAGGCCAAGAACGGCAAGGAGGAAGUCGAGCUCGACCUCGAGACUUCGUUGGUCGAUACGUGGAAAGCGAUGAUCAAAUUGCUCGAUACGGGCAAGGUCAGGACCAUCGGUGUUUCCAACUUUUCCAUCAAGGCGAUCGAUACCAUCUCCAAGGAGACGGGCGUGACCCCUGCCGUUCACCAGGUCGAACGACACCCUCUUUUGUUGCAACGCGAGCUCAUCGAGCACCACAAGAAGCACAACAUUCACCUUACCGCUUACAGUCCCCUUGGGUGAGUUUCUAUUUACCCCCGUACACCCCUCUCGAGGCACCUCAACUGAUGGUGAUGUCGUGGGGGUGGGUUUCACAGCAACAACAACUACGGCGAGAAGAAGUUGUUCGAGUACCCCGAAAUCAUCGCCAUCGCCGAUAAGAUCGGUGCGACCCCCGCCCAAGUCUUGAUCGCCUGGGGUCAAGUCGGUGGUCACAGUAUCCUCCCCAAGAGUGUCACCCCCUCGAGGAUUCAAUCCAACCUCAAGCAAAUCACCUUGACGGAUGAACAGAUCGAGGAGAUCAACAAGCUCGGCGAGCAGAAGUACCGUCGCUUCAACGUGCCUUACAAGUACAAGCCCACGUGGGACAUCAACACUUUUGGCGAGGACGAGGAGAAGAGCGCGACGCACCAGGUCAAGAUCGUUUGA